CAGAAGCUUGUUCCCUGUAUUGAAUCAGCAUUUCUUGCUACCUAAUACUGACGGGAAUACAAACAAAUAAAAAGUAACCAGUUUGUUCACAAAUCUCACGAGACCAACAACAAUCAUGACGGACGUGGAUACGAUGGAAGUUGACCCUCAACCAACUGAAGACGAAGUAGUCGAUUUAACAGAAGAUAGUUCUGAACCAGAAAUACCAGAGCCUGAUCCAGAGGUCCUGGCAGAAAACAAGAAGGAAGAAGGGAAUACAUAUUACAAACAGAAAUUAUACCAACAAGCCUUGUCAUGUUACUCAGAUGCAAUAAAUCUAUGUCCAAAGUUUGCAGCAUACUAUGGAAACAGAGCAGCUACAUAUAUGAUGUUAAGUAAAUACAAAGAUGCAUUAGAAGAUGCACGACAGUCUGUCAAAUUAGACGAUGCAUUUGUUAAGGGAUAUAUGAGGGAAGGAAAAUGUCAUUUAGCACUGGGAGAUACCAUGGCUGCAGAAAGAUGUUACAAAAAAGUUUUAGAUUUGGAAAAGGGGAAUAAAACUGCACAAGAAGAUUUAAAAUCAACAAGUGCAGUAAGAGAAUAUGAAACUAUGGCAGAAACAGAUUUUACAAAAGGAGAUUUUAGAAGGGCUGUGUUUUGUAUGGACCGAUGUAUAGAAAGAUGUCCAGCAUGUCACAGAUUUAAAAUCAAGAAAGCAGAAGCAUUAACAUUGUUAGGUAGAUACCAGGAAGCACAGGAAUUAGCUAAUGAUAUGUUACAAAGAGACAGUUUAAAUGCAGAUGCUAUUUAUGUACGAGGAAUGUGUUUAUAUUAUAAUGACAAUGUAGACAAAGCAUAUCAACAUUUUCAAAAAGUUUUACGACUAGCACCUGAUCACAGUAAAGCAAAAGAAAUUUACAAGAAAGCAAAAGCACUAAAUGCCAAGAAAGAAGAAGGAAACAAAGAGUUCCGAGCAGGACAUUUACAGGCAGCUUAUGAUUUAUAUUCUGAAGCUCUUGCCAUCGAUCCCUUUAACAAAUUCACAAAUUCUAAAUUAUAUUGUAACAGAGGCACAUGUAGUGCAAAGCUUGGUAAAUCUCAGCAAUGUAUAGACGACUGUACAAAAGCUGUAGAAUUGGACGAUACCUAUCUUAAAGCAUAUUUACGGAGAGCUAGAAGUUAUAUGGAUAUGGAAUUAUAUGAAGAAGCUGUUCGUGAUUAUGAAAAAGUAAAUAAAUUAGACAGAACUCGAGAAAAUAAAAGAUUAUUACAAGAAGCAAAAUUAGAAUUGAAAAAGAGUAAACGAAAAGACUAUUAUAAGUUGUUAGGUGUAAAUAAAACAGCGACAGAUGAUGAAAUUAAAAAAAGUUACAGAAAACGAGCUUUAGUACAUCAUCCAGAUCGUCACAGUCAUGACACACCUGAAAAACAAAAAGAUGAAGAAAAAAUAUUUAAAGAAAUCGGUGAAGCAUACAGUGUUUUAUCUGACCCUAAAAAGAAAGAACGUUAUGAUAGUGGUGCUGAUAUAGAUGAUUUAGAGGGUGGUGGAGGAUUUGAUCAUAUAGAUCCAAAUAUGAUAUUCCAGCAAUUUUUCGGAGGAGGAGGAAAUGGCUUUUCCUUCGGUGGCAACAGUGGUGGUCACAGUCACGGAGGAGGAGGAGGAGGUUUUCCAGGAGGAUUUAGUUUCCAGUUUGGAUAAGAAUUAUCAGCUAAUUAAUUCUUUGAGGAGUUUUAAGAACUGUAAAGAUAUGAUAUAAACGAAAAACAAUUUUAUUUAAGAAUACAUGCUGUGUGUGUGUGAUAUUUUCUGAAGAGUACAAGAAUACAUUAAAUUUUGAAAUGUAUUCUUGUGUUGUGAUUGGUUAAUAUUUAGCCAAUAACUUAUGAAUACAUGAGAUAUGUCUAACUUCUUGAAAUUUAAUGUAUUUAGACUUUUUGAGUGCAUUGAAUUUUUUGGAAUGUGUCCUGUUGAGUGAAGGGGUGUUUCCCUAAUGAAUGAUGUUUACGAUAAGAUAAUUCACCAAUGAAUUAUGUAUACAUGCUGUAUGUUUGAGAUUUUGUAAGGUACAAACCUCCUGUUCUGUAACUGGUUAGAUAUUUCAGAUAAGUUCUGUAUAUAUGCUGUAUGUACAUGUACCUGUAUACAUGCUGUGUGUCUGAAUACAUGCCAUGUGUCUGUAUACAUGUUGUAUGCAUCUGUAUACAUGUUGUAUGUGUCUGUACACAUGCUGUGUGUAUGUAUACAUGCUGUUUGCAUAUGUAAACACACUGUAUGUGUCUGUAUACAUACUGAGCACUUCUGUAUACUUGCUGUGUGUGUGUGUGUGUG